GCGCACCGCGUGUCUGAAGAUGAGUGUGACAUUCGGGGCGGAGAGGAACCUUCAAAACAUAUUAAGAAAACCAGGUUGUUGAUGAUCAUGUAGAUAAUAUCACGUGUGGAGGAACUGGAUGUUGGUUUGAAUGCUCACAACUUAUAGCCUCCAGCUGAAAGGGAGAGGAAACUUGUUGAGGAGCGGCACUCUCUCGCUUUCUGGAUCAAGAGGGACGGAUCAUGUUGACAACUGAUGAAAGCUGGGCGACAAUCUACCUCAUCGGGAGGGCAACUGCUGUAGCGUUUCCUAUUCAUCAUCAUCGUCAUCAUCAUCAUCCUCAGCAGCAGCAUCAUCAGCAUCAUCAUCGUCAGUGCGCGCGGCACGCACCACACUUGCACCACAUCCUCAGUGCCACGAGAGCGCCAGCGCGCAAAGAUGAACAACCUGCCGGAGCACAAACUGUCCUCGGUGGCGCCGCUGAAUGAAUUUAACGUGGAGAAAAAGGAAGUUGAGCUGAUCCUGGUGAAGGAGCAGAAUGGGGUCCAGUACACGAACUCUUCUGUCGUGGCCUCUCCGAGCUCCCACGGCUGCCCCUCCGGCUCCGAUGAGGAUGUAGUCAGGGAGAUCUGGGGCAAGAAAAUUGACUUUCUGCUCUCUGUCGUGGGCUUCGCUGUGGACCUGGCCAAUGUGUGGAGGUUCCCCUACCUGUGUUACAAAAAUGGAGGAGGUGCCUUUUUGAUCCCAUACGUUCUGUUCCUGUUCAUUGCUGGGAUGCCCCUGUUUUACAUGGAACUUGCUUUGGGUCAGUUUAACAGAGAAGGAGCAGCUACAGUUUGGAAGAUCUGCCCUAUAUUUAAAGGUGUUGGCUACACUGUAAUCAUCAUAGCUUUGUACGUGGGCUUCUACUACAAUGUCAUCAUAGCUUGGUCAUUGUAUUACUUAUUCUCCUCAUUGACAAGUGAGCUGCCCUGGCUCACGUGUAAUAACCCGUGGAACAGCCCCAAUUGCACAGAACCACAGCACAUCAAUGGCACCUUCCUGGGUAACAGAACCUCCUAUGCCAAGAACAAGAACACACCCGCUGCAGAGUUCUACGAGCGUAGAGUGCUGCACAUUCAUGAGAGUAAAGGCAUCAGUGACCUGGGUCUUCCUCGCUGGGAGCUCACCCUCUGCCUUAUUUUGGUUGUCUUCAUCCUUUGCUUCAGCCUGUGGAAGGGAGUCAAAUCCUCUGGAAAGGUGGUGUAUGUUACAGCUACUAUGCCCUACGUAGUGCUGCUGGUGUUGCUAAUUCGAGGCAUCACCCUCCCUGGUGCAAUGAAUGGAAUUAGGGCAUAUCUCCAUGUUGACCUAAAGAAGCUCAAUAAUCCUCAAGUAUGGAUUGACGCAGCUACUCAGAUUUUCUUUUCUCUAGGAGCCGGGUUUGGAGUCCUCAUUGCCUUUGCAAGCUACAAUAAAUUUGACAAUAACUGCUACAGGGAUGCUAUUAUAACCAGCACUAUAAACUGCAUUACCAGUUUCUUCUCAGGGUUUGCCAUCUUCUCAGUACUGGGGUAUAUGGCUCAUCAUCAUCAGGUCAACAUAAAGGAUGUGGCCACUGAGGGAGCUGGACUGGUGUUUAUAAUCUACCCAGAAGCAAUCUCAACUCUACCUGGAUCCACAUUUUUUGCAAUAGUGUUUUUCAUUAUGCUUCUGACUCUUGGAAUUGACAGUUCUAUGGGUGGCAUGGAGGCAGUGAUCACUGGUCUGUCAGAUGACUUCAAAAUCCUGAAGAGGAAUAGAAAAUUAUUUACAUUUGCUGUAGCAUUUGGGACAUUCCUAAUAGCCCUUCUGUGUGUUACAAAUGGAGGGAUCUUUGUGUUGACCCUGUUGGACAGGUAUGCUGCAGGGACGUCCAUUCUGUUUGGGGUACUGAUUGAGGCCAUUGGAGUAUCUUGGUUCUAUGGUGUGGACAGAUUUAGUGAGGACAUUGAACGCAUGAUGGGCUUCAAACCAGGGAUCUACUGGAGGGUCUGCUGGAAGUUUGUCAGUCCAGCAUUCUUACUUCUUGCGGUAAUUGCCAGCAUUGUUACCUCCGGCGACCUGAGAUAUGAUGACUACAUUUUCCCUCGCUGGUCAAAUAUGGUGGGCUGGACCAUAGCCUUGUCCUCCAUGCUGUUUGUACCAGUCUACGCCAUCUACAAAUUGCUUAUAAUUCCAGGCACCUUCAAGGAGAGAAUAGCAUACGCCAUUACUCCAGAACAUGAAUAUCACAUGGUGACAGAGGGUAAUGUCAGGCAGUUCAAGCUCAGACAUUGGUUAUCCAUCUGAUGAAGGGGUCAGGUGGAAGUGCCAUCAAAUGAUAUUGUGUGAGAGAGAAAAGGAUAGAGUGAAGUGUUGGCUUUGUUCAUUUUUCCAACACCACACACACAGUACUGUCCAGUCUGCUCCAUGUGUUCAGUGGUUGACUAGACAUUUUUGGUUUAGAAAAAGAAUAAGCCACCCUGCCCCCCUUCGUGUAGUCACAUUUUGUUGCUUUACAGCUUAAAAUGAAGACACAGUUUUUGUUUUAUGCAGCUGUAUUUACUCAAUGCAACAUCUAACAUCCAAGUAAAAGAUAACACAUCUCCAAAAAAAUGGGGGGGGGGGGGGGUGUACUUUACCACCUCCUCAAAUGGCACACAAAACCUUUCAACUGUGAACAGAUGUGGUCAUUUUGAUCAGCUCAACAUGAAAAUAACUUUCCUAGAGCAUUUCAGUCCUUGGUAGUGCAACAGAAGCAAAUAAUCAACUAUGGGCACCCAUUAACAGAUCUCCGGCAUAAAAGUUGUGGACAGGCCCAAGUCAAGAGAAGGAUACAAAAAAAAUUAAAUGGUUUCAUCAAUGCCUAGAAGCACAGUGAAGUCAAAGUGGAGGAAUGUAUUUGGUAUAACACAGACUCUCCCUGGAUCAGGACGUCACUCCAAUCUGGAUGAAAACUGGAGGAAAAACCACUCCACAAGAAAGGCCACGUGCAGUCACAAGUCACAACUGAGCAAAAUGCACUUUGAAGUUUCUGAGGCAGAAGAGAAAUUAUUUUGCCUCUACACCAAACAUUAUUUCUGGCAGAAAUUCAAUACAACUCACCAUCCAAAUAAUAGCAUUCCUCCAGUAAAGCAUGGAGGGGGUAAUGUUCUAUUAUGAGGGUGUUUCUCUGCAGCAGGGGCUGGAGCAUUGUCAGGAUAGACAAGAAACAACUAAAAUUAUUUAGGAAAAUCUGUUGCUCUCUGCCAGAAAGUUUUCAAUGGGAAGAAGGUUUACCUUCCAGCAUGACAAUGACCCAAAGCACACAGCAAAACUAAGCAGCUCUGCAAAGAAGAGUGGGCAAAUAUUGCAAAGUUAGUAGAGACAGAGACAAAUCCCAGCAGACUAAAGGCUAUAACUGAAGCAAAAGGUGAUUAAACAAAAUAUUGUUUGUUUCCGUUGCGUUACAAGAAUUUAAAUGCUCCAGGAAAACUCUUUUCAUGCUGAGCUAAUCAGGAUGACCACAGCUGAAAGUCAAUGACCAGAAACACUGAGUUGGAAAAAGGAUCAACCAUCAUAAAAAUGACUUGAAAAUGAGAUGUAACUAACCAGCUUCUCAGUGGCUCACAAAGACGGUGAUCCUUUUUCCAACUCAGUGUUUCUGGUUAUUUAUUUCUGACAUGUUGGUGUUAAAUCUUUCACUUGAUGAAAGAUAUAAUGUUAUACGUUGCACUGAGUAACAAAAUUAUUUUAUUUUGAUUAUUUUAAAGUGGGGUUUAAAUGGGGUGAUUAUUUUCUAUACCCACUGUAUAUCGUAGGGCAAAAUAAAUAUUGUGCCUGUACUUCUUUUAAAUCAUACCCUUUGGUUUUUAAUCCAAACUCUCAAAAGACCUCAAAGUACCUAAUAUUUUGGAUUAUUUGGAUCAUUGGAUAUAAAAAGUUAUUUUACUUUUUAAUAUUUUUUUUUGUCCUAGUUUUGUUUGUGAUGGUUAAAAGUCAUUGUUUGUGAAAGUUUAAGAAGAAAAUAAUUCUGAAGCUAUAUUGUUCUGUAUGGCUUGGAAGUACAGUGUGUGUUUAUAUGGAGUAAGUUGGUGUGACAGGUUAACUCACACCCUAUUUCACAAUGCAAGUUGUAGAGGUUUAGGUAACACUGAGAAAUGGAACCCCCCUUGAUAUUCCAAGAAAUCUUUCACCUAUAUAACAGGUUUGGAGGUUUUGAGUCAUUGCUACAGUUUAUGAUAAGGCGCAGCUGUGAGUUUUUACCUUGUUUCCCAAGAAUGGUGUGUUUUGCAACAGCUGGCUUAUAUCAAGGGUCCACCAAGCAUUUUUUCAAGCACAUCUUUUUUCUUUUUGACACACCUCACAAAGCAGACACACCACUGUGUGAGUGCCUUAUCUAGCCAUAAACUUCAAAUCAUUAAGCAACUCAUCCUCAUGAGGAGAGUGCAGGGACGUUCUACUUGACUAAAGCACCCAUUUUGAGAUUGAGGGAUUUUUAAUGUAUUGAGUCAAUGGAUCAACAUUUUUAGUUUUACUCGUGACAUCCCUUGGAUCAGAGCAACAAUUAUUAUUAUUAUUAUUAUUAUGACAAAUUGAAUACCUUACACAAGACUUUUUUGCCCCUUCAAGAGAAUGACUUGUUAUAGAUUCAAAAGCAACAUAUCUAAGACCUAGAACAUCAUAUUUUAAACUCAAGAUAGUCCAGUUGACCAUGUCCACAAUGUUCACAAUACACUAGGCAGGGGUUAGCUUAUUUAAAUUGAAUACUGUUUGCCAUGAAAUUGAAAAUCUAUUUACUGACAAUCAAUUUAAUUGAGCUCUUGUGGUACAAUCCCAUUAUCAUGUGGUCCCUUUGAGAAUUUCACGACUUGUAUGGGAUGUAUGUGUCUAUGCGAGCAUAGGUAACAGAUUAGGAUUCUUAGGUUUUCUAAACAGUCAAGAUCAGUGGUAUAUGUGGUUGUCCUUGUUUGAGAUGAGGCAUACAUUUUGUGGUUCACUGUGGCUUUUUUGCUUGAAGGAAACGUUUUAACAUUUUAAAGUGUCAAAAUCAACUCAUGUUACGUUGGUUUGUGUUUUAUUUCUGUAGAAUCAUUUGAAAUAAUUUCUUUUUUUUUUACUUGAUCACUGGUAGGAAGCAAACAACACGUGGAUUAUGAAAUAUAAAGAUACAAAUAUAUUCUUUUGUUAUGUAUCUAAUAUUAUAUGUACCAAAUUCUUUAUAAAACGUGAAUGUAAAACAAUUUAAACAAAGUGUCAACUGUUAUAUCAUGCUGUGUAAUGUUGAUAAAUAUAUAAAUAUUGUAACCAGGGGUGAUGUAACCACAUGAAUGUAAACGGAGCAGUUCUGGUAUUUCUAAAUGAUGCUUACAGAAUAAUGUGUACAACAAAAUUGUCCUUUUGAUUGUGAGUGACAAAUAUAUAUGAAACAGUUCAAAUAUGCACACUAUAACAAUAAAGUCUUUUUCAAUACUCACCCAGAAAGAAA